CCCUCUCGGGGCUGGGUCAGCCUCCCGCCUCCCGGGCGGAGGGGCGCGAGACCGCGCUGCAGGCGCCCCCUGCCGCCGCUCCGGAGGCCAGGAGGCGGCUCCUAUGCAGACCCCAGCCGGACCCGGACGCCCCUGCAGCUGGGCCAGGGCGGAGCAGCCAGCAGGGCACCGCCCUCGGCCCGCCCGCCGAGGAGGGGACGCUAGCGGGAGGCUGUGCCUGCGGCGCGCGCCCGGGGACCCGUCGCACUCUGCACUCGGCCGCCGGGGCUGAGGGGACGGGACGGGCGAGGGCGCGGGCUCGGCGGGCCGGGAGCUGAGUCAAGGCCAGAGCCCGAGAAGCCGAGGGAGGCAAGAGGACAGUGCGCCCCGAGAUGGCGGCCUCGGCGGCCGCGGCCGCGGCGGCGGCGACGGGGGAAGGGAUGGAGCCUCGGGCGCUGCAGUAUGAGCAGACCCUGAUGUAUGGCCGGUACACUCAGGAACUCGGGGCCUUUGCCAAAGAGGAAGCGGCUCGGAUUCGCCUGGGAGGGCCUGAGCCCUGGAAGGGGUCCCCUUCAGCCCGGGCUCCCCCAGAGCUCCUGGAAUAUGGACAGAGCCGAUGUGCCAGAUGCCGCAUUUGUUCUGUACGCUGCCACAAGUUCCUAGUGUCCCGGGUUGGUGAAGACUGGAUCUUCCUGGUCCUGUUGGGGCUCCUCAUGGCAUUGGUCAGUUGGGCCAUGGACUAUGCCAUCGCUGUGUGUCUACAGGCUCAGCAGUGGAUGUCCCGGGGCUUAAACACCAACAUCUUGCUCCAGUACCUGGCUUGGGUUACCUACCCUGUCGUCCUCAUCACUUUCUCUGCUGGAUUCACCCAGAUCCUGGCCCCGCAGGCUGUCGGAUCUGGCAUCCCUGAGAUGAAAACCAUCCUCCGGGGAGUGGUGCUAAAAGAAUACCUCACCCUCAAGACCUUUGUAGCUAAGGUCAUUGGGCUAACGUGCGCCCUGGGCAGUGGGAUGCCCCUUGGCAAAGAGGGACCCUUUGUGCACAUCGCCAGCAUGUGUGCUGCUCUUCUCAGCAAGUUCCUCUCCCUCUUUGGGGGUAUCUACGAGAACGAAUCCCGGAACACGGAGAUGCUGGCUGCCGCGUGCGCAGUAGGAGUGGGCUGCUGCUUCGCAGCACCUAUCGGAGGGGUCCUAUUCAGCAUUGAGGUCACCUCCACCUUCUUCGCUGUUAGGAACUACUGGCGGGGCUUCUUCGCGGCCACCUUCAGUGCCUUCAUCUUUCGGGUCUUGGCAGUCUGGAACCGUGAUGAAGAAACCAUUACUGCUCUCUUCAAAACUCGGUUCCGACUCGACUUCCCCUUUGACCUACAGGAGCUGCCAGCCUUUGCCGUCAUUGGUAUUGCCAGUGGCUUCGGGGGAGCCCUCUUUGUCUACCUGAACCGGAAGAUCGUCCAGGUGAUGCGGAAGCAAAAGACCAUCAACCGCUUCCUCAUGAGGAAACGGCUGCUCUUCCCGGCACUAGUGACUCUGCUCAUCUCCACUCUGACCUUCCCCCCUGGCUUUGGACAGUUCAUGGCCGGACAGCUCUCACAGAAAGAAACGCUAGUCACUCUGUUUGACAACCGGACAUGGGUCCGCCAGGGCCUGGUAGAGGAUCUCGAACUCCCGAGCACAUCACAGGCCUGGAGCCCACCACGUGCCAAUGUCUUCCUCACUCUGGUCAUCUUCAUUCUCAUGAAGUUCUGGAUGUCUGCACUGGCCACCACCAUCCCAGUGCCCUGUGGGGCCUUCAUGCCUGUCUUCGUCAUUGGAGCAGCAUUUGGGCGGCUGGUGGGGGAAAGCAUGGCGGCCUGGUUCCCCGAUGGGAUUCACACAGAUAGCAGUACCUACCGGAUUGUACCUGGAGGCUAUGCCGUGGUUGGGGCAGCCGCACUUGCCGGAGCAGUGACGCACACGGUGUCCACGGCUGUGAUUGUCUUCGAGCUCACGGGCCAGAUCGCCCACAUUCUGCCCGUCAUGAUCGCUGUCAUCCUGGCCAACGCGGUCGCCCAGAGUCUGCAGCCCUCCCUCUAUGACAGCAUCAUCCGCAUCAAGAAGCUGCCCUACCUGCCUGAGCUGGGCUGGGGCCGCCACCAGCAGUACCGGGUGCGAGUAGAGGACAUCAUGGUACGGGAUGUGCCCUAUGUGGCCCUCAGCUGCACCUUCCGAGACCUGCGGUUGGCACUGCACAGGACCAAGGGCCGCAUGUUGGCUCUAGUAGAGUCCCCUGAGUCCAUGAUCCUGCUGGGCUCCAUUGAACGCUCUCAGGUCGUAGCAUUACUGGGGGCCCAGCUGAGCCCAGCGCGCCGGCGGCAACACAUGCAAAAGCUGAGGAAAGCCCAGACGUCGCCACCGUCCGAUCAGGAGAGCCCCCCUAGUUCUGAGACGUCCAUCCGCUUCCAGGUGAACGCAGAGGACUCGGCCUUCUCUGGAUCCCAUGGGCAGACCCAUAAGCCCCUGAAGCCUGCCUUAAAGAGAGGGCCCAGCAACAGCACAAGCCUCCAGGAAAGUACCGCAGGCAACAUGGAGUCAGCAGGCAUUGCCCUCAGAAGCCUCUUCUGUGGCAGUCCGCCGCUGGAGGCUACUUCAGAAUUGGAAAAGUCAGAAUCCUGUGACAAGCGCAAGCUGAAGCGGGUCCGAAUCUCCCUGGCGAGUGACUCGGACCUGGAAGGCGAGAUGAGUCCCGAGGAGAUCUUAGAGUGGGAAGAGCAGCAGCUAGAUGAGCCUGUCAACUUCAGUGACUGCAAAAUCGACCCUGCGCCCUUCCAGCUAGUGGAGCGGACCUCUCUGCACAAGGAUCUCACAUAGCCCAAGUAGGCCUCGAACUCAUGACCCUUGGUCUCUCUGGAGAUUUCAGGCACAUACCAUCGUACCCAGCUGUGACGCCCUUGAUUCUGUCAUCCAUGAUUUUGAUGAUAAGAACACUGGCGUGCUUUGAGUGCUUGCUGUGUGCUGGGUACCAUGCUAAGAUCUUCAUGAAUGUAACUGAAUUCUCACCACCACGCUAGCCAACGGGUCAUGGACCCGAAGACGGUCUAACCCAAAGUCCUGUCUUUAACUGAGUCAUUCGGUGAGAAAAAUCAUCUGCCUGCAUGGGUUUUGCAGAGUCAGGCCAGGGCACAGAUCUGGCCCUGCUCUCAGAAUUCUUUCGGAAGGCCACGCUGUCCUUUUCCCUGUCGGUUCAAUUCACUGUUCCCAGGCCUAAGAAACUCAGGCCCUCCAAAGGGCUCCCUGGUGUCCAAUUAAAUUAAAAUGAAAAAGAACAAAGUAGGUGUUUGUUACAAACUUAAACUGUCACAGGAAGGGAAGAAGCCGCUGAGGAACCGCUAACAAAAGUACAAAGAGCUGGAAUGAUAACAUAAAAGAUUAGAAUUCUAGAGAUUCGAGUCUAAAUUAGAAUCCACGUAUUAAGAGAGCGGUAAAGCAGUAACCCACUUAGGUGCCAGAGGGGUACUUUCGGAGGGUGAGAACCCAUGCGACUCUUUAGGAACCUCUCGGUGGCAGCUAGCUCCAGUGGACAGAGAGGAAGCCGGAGUGCCAGGAUGACGGCAAGACCGGCGAAGCCAAGUCCUCUCCCUGCUGCUCACAAGCUUGGCUGUAGAAGUUAAGCAAGUUGCUUCGCCUGUCUGGGUUCCCUUAUCUAUAAAGUAGAGGUGGCAUAAACUGAGUAUGGUGGUGUGUGCUGGCACUCAGGAGGUGGAGGGUCAGAUAGUCAUCUGGGAACUACUACAUAGCAAGUUCAGUCAUCCUGAGAUAUGUGAGACCUUACUUCAAAAAGAAAAGUUGGCCAGGCAGUGGCGGCGCACGCCAUUAACCCUAGCACUCGGGAGGCAGAGGCAGG